AUGGCAGAAGAGGCCAUUGCGAUAGAUGUUGAAGAUAAGCCAAUUAGAAUAUUGACAUAUAAUAUGUAUCUUAGACCGAUGUUGAUAUCAGCAGCUGGACAUGAUCAUAAAGAUUCGAGAUUAAAAGCGUUUUGUAAGGAACGGUUAAAAGAUUUUGAUAUAAUUUGUUUUCAAGAAGUCUUCAAGGAAUUAAAUUGGAGAAGAGAAAAAUUAUUAAAAAAAGCUAAAAAGGCUGGUUUUAAGUAUCGAAUUCAAACAGAAAAACCUUUGUUUCCAUUAUUCCUUUGUGAUGCUGGUUUAGUUAUUAUAAGUAGAUUUCCUAUUGUAGAGAAUCAGUUUAGAAUGUAUACUCGUGGUAUUUAUGCUGAUGCUGUUGCUUCUAAAGGUGUACUUUAUGCAAAAAUAGAAGUACAACCAGAGAAAUAUAUUCUUGUUUUUGAUACUCAUACACAAGCAGAUUAUACUUUAGACCCAGAAAAGGCUAGACCUUCAAGAGAUAGAAGAAUGGUUCAUAUUCGUGAAUAUGCUGCAUUUGUACAAGAAAAAACAACAGGAAAUAAUUUUCCAGCUAUUUGUUGUGGAGACUUUAAUGUAAAUGGAAGAGCUGGAACUGAUGGAACAACAGAAAGUCCAGAAUAUACAGAAUUUCUUCAAAACUUUGUUAUUCCUAAUGGUGAAUUGAUAGAUUUAUUACUUAGAGAUAAUCAUGGUAUUCAACCAGUAACUUUUGGUGAUUCAUUUGUUGACGAAAAUGGUACUGAAACACCAUGUGAUACAGAAAUUACAUAUGAGAGUCAGUGCAUGGAUAAAUCACGAUUAGAUUAUAUCUUUCAAUUGAAAAGACCAAACGAAGAUCCAGUUAUUAGUUGUAAGAAUUGUCGUGUUGAUAAGUUUCCUGUAAGAGGCAAAAAGUAUCCUUUUAUGUCAGAUCAUUUUGGUGUAACUUGUGACGUUUAUCUUUAA